AUGGGGCAUCGCCGCUGGUUGAAUGCGAGUCACAAAUUUCGAAAAGAUGGUCCGUCUUUUGAUGGAACUUUUGAAUUUGAACCAUGUCCAACUCGAUUAUCGGGGGCUAAUGUGUUACGACAGCUAGGGCCUAAGCAUCAACCAACUAACAGACAAAAAAGAACUAGGAAAGGAAAGGAAAAAGAGGACAACGAGGAGGAUCAUAAUUGGAGGAAAAGGAGUAUUUUCUUUGAGCUUCCAUAUUGGGAGCAUAAUUUGAUUCGCCACAAUCUUGAUGUAAUGCACAUUGAGAAGAACGUGUGUGAUAAUGUAUUGUGGACGAUAUUAAAUGUUGAUGGGAAAGGAAAGGAUAAUUUAAAUGCUCCUCAAGACUUGCAAGAUAUGGGAAUUCGAAAGGCAUUACAUCCUAAAAAAAGGGGUUGGGAACAGUUGUGCUUCAAAACUCUAGAACCAGAUGGGUUAGAUCGUCUUCAAUCCCAAAUUGCUCUUACACUUUGUCAUCUUGAGAGAAUUUUUCCUCCAUCCUUUUUCGAUAUAAUGGAGCACUUGCCUAUUCACCUAGCGGAGGAGGCCAAGAUUGUUGGUCCAGUGCAAUAUCGUUGGAUGUACUUCAUAGAAAGGUACUUGGAUGAUGUCGAGUCAAAAUUGAAUCGACCAAUAAGGAAUUACGAUGUUAGCGACAAUCCUUGGAUAUUACUGGGUCAUGCUUUAGGAAAAAGAAAAGGGUUUGCGCUUGAUAACACAUCAUGGGUACAAGCUCAUCGGUAUGUGUUAUUUAACAUUGCUGCAGUUGUCCCAUAUCGAGAGGAGCAUCGUGAUUUUAUUAAGCGGUCACAUCGUCGUCUUAAAGAUUUUGAUGUGGAUCGCCGUCACAAUGAUGAGUUUCCCAGAUGGUUUAAUUCUCAUGUUGAAGAGCUUCUAGUUAUUGAAAAUGCUGUGUUGUCAGAUGAGAUUAAAACUUUGGCAUUGGGACCUAGUAAAAAGGCCACGAGAUUCAAUGGGUAUAUAAUUAAUGGUGCUAGGUAUCAUACGAGGAGUUGUGAGUGGAGAAGAAAAACUCAAAAUAGUGGGGUUAUGGUGAAAGCAAAGACUUGUAGCUAUGCAAGUACCAGAGACAUGAAUCCUGUGGAAGGUGAAGUAGCAUACUAUGGAUAUGUGACAGAUAUUAUUGAAUUGUAUUACUCAUACGACCGUGGAUAUGUGCUAUUCAUGUGCGACUGGAUUGACAACAACAAAGGACUGAAGCGGGAUGGGUUUGGUUUCACACUUGUUAAUUUCAAUCAUUUGUUAUAUACAAAGAAACAAAAUAGUGAUGAACCAUUCAUCCUAGCAUCUCAGACACAACAAGUUUUCUAUGUUAAUGAUCCCGUUGAAGCUGAUUGGGAUGUUGUAGUCAAGAUGAAACCUAGAGACUUGUAUGAGGUGUGUGGAGAACAACCAAUUAAUGAUGGAGAACAUCAUAAUGAAGUGGAAGGAUUUGGCGACCAAGAGUUAGAUGCAACUUCGUUUGCUUGUGAAGAGGAAAUAAAUUGGAUUAGGCAAGAUCGACGAUGCUCUAGGCAGAGGCAACAUUCAUCCUCUGCAAAUUCUGAGAGUUCUUACAGUGGGAGUGCAGAUGAGAGUUCUUAUAGUGGGAGUUCAGAUGAGAGUUCAGAGGAGAGUACACACAUCAUACCUGAUCCACCCAUGUCAUGGUAUCCUCCAGGUAGCUUGCCUAGUACAUCAUCGAGUACUAGUUCGACACAUGACACUACUGCUGUAUCUUCUAACUUGAUAUUGAUAUUUGGAUAA